UCAUUUAUCUAUCACACUGAAAAUAUCGUGAACAAAAAAAAAAAAUUUCCUCGGGGCCAUGGCAUUAGGUUAACACCAGAACAUAGAAUUACUCCAAUAUUGCUCUUGCAAUUGCAGGUCAACCCCCCACCCCUCACAUAAUACAACUCUCUAGUCUCUACUCAAUGAUUCAUACCCCUCCUCUCUAAAUUAAUAACUAACUUUAUUUCCAUAUACAAGAAAUGAACCAAGACAUCAUCACCUUCUUCUACUGUUGUGUUAUCAUUAACAUCAUCCUCUUGUGUGUGCUUAGCAGAACCAGUUUGUGCGCUUAUGUGGAUCCACACUACCUGGCAUGUGAACCCCAAAUAUGCGGCAACCAAUCCAUAAGAUACCCCUUCUACAUCCAAGGCAAGCAGCAACCUUUCUGUGGCUACCCUGGUUUUGCCAUCUCUUGUGCUGAUGGUAUUCAUGGCUUCCCAACGCUCAAUCUCUCCAAUACUUCUUACAUCAUCCAUCAAAUAUUCUACCACAACGAAUCACUCAGAGUCUCCAAUGCUGCCUUCUCAUCAAAUACUUCUUGUAUUUCUGCUACACACAACCUCACCCUUCCUCCAACCAAGACCUUCAGUUUUCUUAAUCGGAAUCAUAAUAAGGACAUCUUACUGUUCUUCGGAUGUAAUCUGUCAUCCAUGCCUAGAGAGUUGAUAGAUUACAGAAUUGGGUGUUCUGAAGCGACCAACAAAACGGGUGGUUCGGUUCUGGCAUUGUAUAAGGACGAUGUCAAAACAGUAAGAUCGGUCUCCAAGAGUUGCGGGAGUGGCAGAAAGGUGGUGGAUACGGUGGUGGAAGGGAGUGAAGGAAGAGGAGGGAUGGAAGAGGAGCUGAGGAGAGGGUUCAUGCUGAAUUGGACAGCGGGUGAUUGCAAGUUGUGCAAUAGCACAGGAGGAAGGUGUGGCUUCGAUUCAACUAUAUUCACAUUCCAGUGUUACUGCACUGAUCGAAUUCAUGCUUUCAAAUGUGAUAUUAUAGUUGCAGAACGUAGAAGCAACGCUUCCAUGAAGAUUGGACUUGCACUUGGACUAGCUGCUGCAGUUACUCUGCUGUUAGUAACGGUCACCCUCUACUACACACGAUGGAAGAAGCAAAACCCGAAACACUUUCUGGUUGAUGACUUUUUGGAGAAACAUGGCCCCCUUCAAAUAAGGAGAUAUACUUAUUCAGAGAUGAAGAAGGUGACCAACUCCUUCAGAGACAAACUAGGCCAAGGAGGGUUUGGCACUGUAUACAAAGGACAAUUGCAGGACGGACGCCAUGUUGCAGUGAAGAUCCUAAGUGAACUGAAAGGUGAUGGUGAAGAUUUCAUCAAUGAAGUUGCGAGUAUGAGCAGAACUUCUCACGUUAACAUUGUUGCUCUUCUUGGGUUCUGCUUUCAAGGUUCCAAACGAGCUUUGGUUUAUGAAUUUAUGCCCAAUGGAUCGCUUGAGAAGUUAAUCUAUAAAGAAAAUACUGUGAUAGGGGAUCACCAAUUGGAUUGUCAAACUUUAUAUGAUAUUGCAAUUGGUGUUGCUCGAGGACUUGAGUAUUUGCACACGGGCUGCAAUACUAGAAUCUUGCAUUUUGACAUAAAGCCCCAUAACAUUCUCUUAGAUGAAAAUUUUUGUCCCAAAAUUUCAGAUUUUGGACUUGCAAAAGUUUGCACUAGAAAAGAAAGUAUUGUAUCAAUAUUUGGUGCUAGAGGAACUGCAGGCUAUAUUGCUCCAGAGGUAUUUUCUAGGAAUUUUGGUGCAGUAUCUCACAAGUCAGAUGUUUAUAGUUAUGGAAUGAUGGUUUUAGAAAUGGUUGGACGAAGAAGGAAUAUCAAAGUUGAAGUUGAUGCAUCUAGUGAGUUAUAUUUCCCUCAUUGGAUAUAUAAUCGCCUUGUGUCAAAUCAAGAACUUGGUUUGCGAAGUAUAAGAAAUGAGUGUGAAAAUAAGAUGGUAAAAAAGAUGACUAUAGUGAGCUUAUGGUGCAUUCAAGCCAAUCCUUCAAUUCGACCAUCAAUAAGUAAAGCGGUGGAAAUGCUGGAAGGAAGAGCUGAAUUGUUGCAAGUGCCACCUAAACCAUUUUGGUUUUCUCCUUCAACAUCUCCCUGAAUUUUAAAAACGUUGUAGUUUUGUGUUGCAGGCUUGUAAUAUGUUGCUUUUUUUUUUGUCAUAUGUAACGUUCUUUUUCUUCUUAUAUAGUAAUUUUCUGGGAGGUAGUAAUUGUUUCUAGUUAUUAUAAAGCAAACUCGAGAUUUUAAGAUCAUGAGUGAUAGUUGAUUGAUUUGUUUGCUAAUGCUCUGGAACGAUUUUAAGUCACAUAUCCGAAAGUUUGUAGAAUUUACUUUAACUGCUCA